GUCGGUCCCUGGACGGCCCUUCACCUGGGCGCAACUCCCAAAUACGAUUCGUGUGAGAUUUGACUUCAUCUGUCUGUGAACCGGACAAGACCGUGAAGAGAAACAAUUCGAUUCCUCAGCCGUAAGCUUGGUCCAAGAUGGCAUUCUCCUCCCGGAGGACUCUCCGAGACACAUUCCCAGACCAUACUGGAAACGACGUUAUUUCAACUUCUUUCGAACGGACGCACGAUGUCAUACCGCCCUCAUUCACAGCCUCUAGAAAAUCUUCGGCUUCCAGUCUAGAGAGUCCAAGCCCACAGGCAUUACCGCUUUUAAUAUACAUCCAUCCAAGUGUCCUGGCUUCCGAUCUGAGCGACAUCCCCAUCUACUUCCAGUCCCUCGCAGCCAGCAUCUCCUCUCGUCCAGAAUUGAAACAAGCACCAUUUCUCCAAACCGAUCUCGACAUUUCUUACCAAGUCGUGAUCUCUCCGCAGGCGGAUGUCUUCGCAUGCGUCGAGCAUUAUCGCUGCGAGAAAGACCACCGCGCUCGCCACAGUGAUUCCAUGAUCGACUCUUCAAUCCACAAGCAUCGUCAAAUUCCACAUACCUACGCCCGUCAAGGAUUGCAAACUCCUCCAAGAAGCUCGUUUUCCUCGGGUUCAUCCUCCUCGACUUCUCUCUCUUCAUACUCAUCCUCUCUGUGGUCAUCAUCUUCCGCUCCGUCCGGCAUCUGCUCCGCCGCUCACAGUAACCUCUUAUUCUACCUCGACCGUCCCGACUGGCGUACCACUGGACCGGUGCUCGUCAGCUGGGGACUUGCGAACUUCUCACGUUGUCAAGUUGAUGCGUGUAGUUCCGAGGAUUUGAUCGCUGCUCAGACCGCCAUCAAUCGCGGCCGUGUCAAACUUCGUGCAAAGAGGAUUGCGGUUGAGGAUGUCGGUGAGUGCCUUCAUUCGAUCUGGGCCUCAUCCGGAGGCGAUGGUUGGGCUGGCUUGGAGGAAGAGGAAAAGGUGCAAAAAGAGAUGUUCCGAGAGCGAGAAGAAGGAAUCCCCUCGUCGUCAGAAGAGGAAGAUCAAGAUCAAGGUCAGGGUCACUGCAGAUAUCCUGAGCGUCGCAUGCGAACCAGCCACGAUCAUCAUGAAGCCGAUCCUCGUCAUUUUCUCCAACUGGCACAACCUCUCGAAACGCUCUUACAGCUCACCACGCCCGCAACAAGUAAAUCCCACCCGAUCCUCCGCCAGAAUGCCGUCCCUGGCUCCACCAUCCCAUCACUCACCGUAUGGUCAUCUCGCCACGGCACCCGGAUGCCCGACUUUUCUUUCGUCCUCUACCUCCCAGGAGAAAAGACCACCCAUCGGCAAGACUCGCACCAUUCUUCCUCCUCCGGAGACGAUGACGACCUCGACAACCUCCUCCCAGAGGAUCUCUCCCUCCGACUCUUCCGCGCCCUGGAUCUAGGAAUCCUCCAAUCCGUCCCCUGGCGUCUCGAUGUCUUCAGCCAUGCGCCCACUCUCCACCACGCGGUCAACCAUUAUCGCGAGGAGAGGGCUUUACGCAUGUACACAGCAGCCUCGGCGAAUGACCUGACUGCUUCCACGAGACGACAAGACAUUCCUCCUCCGCUGCAUUAUGCACGUAGUCCAUAUCUCCGCUUCCGCUCGGUACUCCUCCUCGCGGAUAAUACGACGGAGAUCACGAGCCAUAUGUCGCUUUUGAUGUUCGAUCCCGUCGCCUCACUUGACACCACACCGACCGAGCAUACUGAAAAGUACGGAGACGACGACGACGAGCCCCCUCACAGCGAUGACACCGAUGACACUUCUUCCGAUACCGACGAAGAAAUCCAUCUUUCCUCCCCCUCGUCCCGCGACCUCAUCUCCCUCGUCAAAUUCCGCCUCGGCUGCAGCGGUUUACCUUGUGAUUCCCGACGACCACUCGGGCAAGCGGAGACACCUCGUCUCAGCCGGGUCUUGUUUGCGCUCUGGGAUAUUUGCCACUCUUCUGGGAUCAACAAGCGGCCGGGGACGAGAUCCGUGAAUGAAUUGCUUUGGUUUUGAAUUUCCAU